UCAAGAGGCAGAAUAAGGUUAAGUGGGUUCCACGUCAUCAAUCUUGGAAACGGAUGGUUCUAAAAUCUCGAUCUCUGUGGCGACUCCUCGCUCCCAUGACAGAACGGCGACGACCCGCCCUUCACCGCCCGCUCCACCGGAAACGCCGCCGCCAAUAAGAGAGGACUAAAAUUUGAACUCGCAACGCUCCUUCACAUCAAAAAGAAAAAAAAAAAGCAUCACUCUUCUUGGCUUCCCACUCGCCUUGAGGAUGCCUUCUUGCCCUCUCCUUCCUCUCCUCCCCCGCCGCCGCCCUCCGCCCUCCCCUCUCCUCCUCCUCCUCCUCUCCAGAUCCCUCCAUUCUUCUCCUCCCGAGCUUGACCUCUCCCAUCCCACCCUCGUUGUCUGGGGCUCUAACACCGGCGUCGGCAAAACCAUAGUCUCCGCCGGGCUCGCCGCCUCCGUCCUCUCCCCCUCCUCCCCCAACACCGCAACAUUCCUCUACCUCAAGCCCGUCCAGACCGGCUUCCCCCGCGACUCCGACUCCCGUUUCGUCUACAGGAAGGUCUCGGACCUCUUCCGCCAUCGCCUGGGUGGCUUCUCUGCCCAACUUCUCGCCUCGAAUCACGCCCUCAAGGCUUCGGUCCCGGCCGCCCGCGAGGUGCUCGGCGCCCGGACCGAGCGGCCUGGGGAGGAAGGGGAGGAAGCGUCCACGGGUUUGUGCUGCUACGAGGAGACGCGGGUGGGGACAGGGGAGAGUACAACGGGAGAUUUUAAGCUUGUGUGCAAGACGUUGUAUGGAUGGAAGGAGGCCAUUUCUCCACAUCUUGCAGUAGAGAGAGAAGGGAUGGCAGUGGAGGACUCAUCACUGAGGGAAGUACUGGGGAGGCUUUUGAAUUCUUCUAUGGGAGGAGGAGGUGAUCGGCGGAAGGAGAAUGUUUGGAGAGUGAUCGAGACUGCAGGGGGUGUUGCGAGUCCAGGGCCUUCAGGUUCUAUCCAGUGUGAUUUGUAUAGGCCUUUCCGGCUGCCUGCUGUUCUAGUGGGAGAUGGCCAUUUGGGCGGUAUAUCUACGACUUUAUCUGCAUACGAGAGUUUAACGCUCAGAGGAUAUGAUGUCAUAGCCAUUAUUUUAGCAGAUCAUGGUCUAUCAAAUGAGAUUCCCUUGUUGUCUAACUUAAGGCACAGGGUUCCUGUGCUUGUAUUGCCACCUGUCCCAGAAGACCCAUUAAAUGAUCUGGUGGAUUGGUUUUGUGAAUCUAGCAAAGCAUUCAGUUCUCUUCAGGAUUUGGUGCAAUCUACUCAUUCAAAAAGGAUCCAAAGGUUACAUGAUAUGCCCAGAAAGGCAGGGAAUAUUCUCUGGUGGCCAUUCACUCAGCACAAACUUGUUCCUGAAGAGAUUGUUACAGUAAUUGACUCACGUUGUGGUGAAAAUUUUGCAGUACAUAAGGUUCGCAAUGAUCGGGAAAUGAUUGUUCGACAGUUUGAUGCAUGUGCUAGUUGGUGGACUCAAGGGCCAGAUUUUGCUUUGCAGAUUGAGCUUGCAAGAGAUAUGGGCUAUUCUGCUGCAAGGUAUGGACAUGUAAUGUUUCCUGAAAAUGUCUAUGAGCCAGCACUGCAUUGUGCAGAACUUCUGCUAGAAGGAGUUGGAAAAGGUUGGGCUUCUCGAACUUAUUAUUCUGACAAUGGAUCAACAGCAAUUGAAAUUGCCCUUAAGAUGGCAUUCCGUAAAUUCUUAUUAGACAAUGAAAUGCUUAUGGAUUCUGGCAACGGGAUUUCAAGUGAAAGAUGUAUUGAGCUCAGGGUUCUUGCUCUCAAUGGAUCUUAUCAUGGUGAUACUUUGGGUGCCAUGGAAGCACAAGCUCCAUCGUCGUAUACAGGUUUUCUACAACAGCCAUGGUAUUCAGGAAGGGGCCUUUUUCUGGAUCCUCCAACUAUUUUCAUUCAUAAAGAGAUCUGGAAUCUUUCUGUUCCUGAGUCUUUUGAAUCUGAUCAACUGAAGCCUGAAGAUAUGAGAUUUAGCUCGUCCGAUGCGUUAUUUUGUCCAAGCAGGGACUCUUCAGCUAUUGCUGGAAUCUACUCCGCUUACAUAUCAAAUCAAUUACUGCAAUUUUCCAAAUUGAGUUGUUCCACACAGAUUGGAGCGCUAAUUAUAGAACCAGUUAUACAAGCUGCUGGUGGAAUGCACAUGAUUGAUCCACUUUUUCAGCGCAUCCUUGUCAGGGAGUGUCGAAAUCGUAGAAUUCCUGUUGUAUUUGAUGAAGUUUUUACAGGUUUCUGGCGUCUUGGGAAAGAGUCUGCUGCUGAACUUCUAGGUUGUGUACCAGAUGUGGCAUGCUUUGGGAAACUGAUGAGUGGAGGGAUUAUACCGUUGGCAGUAACUUUGACAACGGAAGCUGUUUUUGAAGCAUUUAAAGGUGACUCAAAGCUUAUGGCUCUUCUACAUGGUCACUCUUACAGUGCCCAUGCUAUGGGUUGUACAGCAGCUGCAAAAUCUAUACAGUGGUUCAGAGAUCCUUUUACAAAUCCUAAUGUCGAGUUUAAAGAGAAGAAACUAAAGGAGCUAUGGGAAAUGAAACUUGUGCUCCAGAUUUCAUCCCUUCCUGCUGUACAAAGAGUGAUAACCUUGGGAACCCUUUGUGCUGUUGAACUCAAAGCUGAAGGCUCUGACGCUGGAUACGCAUCUUUAUAUGCGAGCUUGCUGGUCCAGCAGCUUCGUGAAGAUGGCCUCUACGUAAGGCCCUUGGGGAAUGUCAUUUAUCUUAUGUGCGGGCCGUGCACAUCUUCUCAUUUCUGCUCUCAACAACUUCAACAAGUAUAUCAGAGACUUCAUGAAUUCAGCCAGCAUCAGCUGAGAGAUUCACAAUCUUUUCAAAGAGAGGGAUGAACCCUAGAUCCUUUCAGUAUAGAAGUAGACAGAUACAUGUAACCUCAUAUCGGUGCCAGAAACCAACCAGCGGAACAUAUGUCGAAGUGAAAUUUCAACGUAAAUGAUCCAAUUAACUUACAUGGGAAAGAUCAGUUUCCUCAUGAGGGAUGAAAUUUAUAAAUUUAUUGAUUUUGAGAAUGCAAUAGUGGAUAUCUCAGGUCCAUUGUCAUGAAUAAAGUCAGUCUGUUUAUCU